GGAGGGAAAGAUGGAUGUCACGAAAAAUAACUUUGCAGCUGUGUUCAGUGAUAUUACAAAAGCAAUAGAAGAUGCAGACUUCUUAGCCAUUGAUGGUGAAUUUACAGGUCUAGAUACUCCCCAAGUUGGACAUGUUACCUUCUAUGACACACCAGAAGAACGCUACCAGAAACUGAGAAAGGGUUCUACAGAUUUUCUUCUGAUUCAGUUUGGAUUGGCUGCCUUUACAUAUGAUGAUGAAACAAAAUCUCACACAGCUAAAUUAUUUAACUUCUACGUUUUCCCGCGACCAUACACAAGACAAGCUCCAGAUCGAAGGUUUUUAUGUCAGAGUUCCAGUAUUGACUUUUUGGCCUCUCAGGGCUUUGACUUCAACAAGCUUUUCAGAGAUGGAAUACCAUAUUUAACACUGGCCGAUGAAACCCAGCUGAGGGAAACAAUUCGAAGCAAACACAAGGACUACAGCCAGUUUUCAUCUCCUGCAUUCAUGAGCCCAUUUGGGGCUGACCCAGGCCCCAGCAAGGGUCCGGUUUGUGUUCCAGAUGAGCAUAAAGAGUUUAUUGCAGACGUUGGUAACAAAGUUGCUAAGUUUUUGGAGCAGGAUGCAGAAGACACACUACAGCUGCCACCAUGUGGCGGGUUCCCCAGGAAGCUCAUCUACCAGACCAUCAGACUGAAAUUUUCUUCCUCCCUCCAUUUGGAGACCAAGAGUGGAGAAAAGAAAGAAAGAUAUAUAGUCAUCACAAAGAUCAAAGGUGAAGAUGACAUGAAAGCCAAGGAACAGGCCAAGCAGAAUGCUGAGCUGAAUGAACUUGAUGAUGCUGUUGGUUUCUGCAAGGUCACAAGGCUGUUGUCUCAGUCGGGCAAGCUCAUCGUGGGCCACAACAUGUUGCUUGAUGUGCUGCACCUCAUCAAUCAGUUCUGCAUCCACUUGCCCAAGGAAUACGAAGAGUUUAAAUCCCUCACCCGGUGUGUCUUUCCAAGGUUACUUGAUACGAAGCUGAUGGCAAGCACAAACCCAUUAAAGAAUCAUAUUCAUAACUCAACACUGGGUGACUUGAAGAAGAUCCUGGAAUAUAGCCCAUUUACAAAGCCCAAGGUUGAUCUCCCAGAAGAGUUUUCUCGGUACAGUGGUAAUGAACAUCUGCAUGAAGCGGGAUACGAUGCUUAUAUCACCGGUCUCUGUUUCAUCUCCAUGUCUAACUACUUAGGAUCUUGUCAGAAUCCACCAAAGGAAUACAUUCCUCCAAAAUCUCAGCUGAUCGAGCCUUUCAUCAACAAAUUGUUUCUGAUGCGUGUUUCCGACAUUCCCUAUAUAAAUCUGAGUGGAGCUGAUUUACAAAUGAGUCGAGAACAUGUGUUUCACAUUACAUUUCCAAAGGAGUGGAAGACCUCAGACAUUCAUGAAUUAUUUUCACCUUAUGGAAACAUCCAGAUCUCCUGGUUAGAUGACAUAUCUGCCUUUGUUUCCCUCUACAAGAAGGAUAAUGCUCAAGCCGCCCUGAAAGGUUUGUCAGCAAAGAAUUCUGUUUACAGAGUGGUCACUUACGAGGCAUACAAGAAGGAGAUCUCACCGAAACGAGACGUCCCUGUGAGCAGGAAGCGGUCAUCGGAAGAUGUCGACAUUGACAUGGCGAACAAGAAGAGAAAGUCCCUGAAUGUUCAAGCUGCCCCAUUUGUUUCAAGAUUAAAACCUGCAAUACUUGAAGACAAAAAACAAGAAAAGAAUGGAAACAACAGUUCAGGUCGUCAUAGCGACAAGAAGGCACAAGGUGAUGCAAACGAUGACCAAGGAGAUAAUAAAAUGGAAACUGGGGAAAAACUCUUUGAUGAAUCCGAAAACUGGGAUUGACCAAGCAAGAGAUUCUUGAAAUAAAUACAUCAAGUGUUUUGGGGCCUUUUUCCAAGGAACAUGUCAACGGAACUACAAUGUAUAUUUUUUGCUUCAACAAAAUGUGAUCUGUUUACAUGUAUUGUCUUUAGUUGUCAGAUUCCAUUGUACAUUUAUGUUCCUUGAGGUCAUUCACUUCAUAGUAACUGCAGAUAUUUUCUGUUAAACUACACAUUUAGAAUCUUUGGCUUUGGCUAAACAAAGAUUGUUAGUUGCUAGUGUGUCACUGAUGAUUGCAUUUAUGUAAGUUGUAUCUUUGUUAUAGAAUUGUUGUUUAUAAUAGUGCUUUUGAGAAUAACGUUACUGGUAGUUUUAACCUGACUAGGCAUGUUCCACUAUUACUACCAUUACAGAACACUUUAGUUUGCCUAACCUGCUGCACUUUGUGGCUUCAAAAGUUUACAUUUACUACUUACCUUUUUAGAUCUGAUACCCUGACCCCUUACUAUAUUCAAUAAGUAACUAACUAAAUUUAUAUACUGUAAUAUAUUUAUGUACAAAAUUCCCAAGCAAAGUUUAAGAAAAAGAAAUUUAUGGUCAUUAUUCAUGCUACAACAAUUAAUGUCUGUGUUUUGGCAAUAGCUGCCUUUCUCAGAAAAACAUGAUUCUAUGUUCUUCUUUUUCAUGAUAUAUCAUUUUCCAUUGUUUAUUAAUCUUCCUAUUCAAGAAUGAGAGUUUUGUUCUUGAAAACCAACUUGCAGGGCAGAAGAUUUCGCCAAAUUAUCUAUUAAGCUUCAAAAUGUUAUAGAUACACGGUUAUUUUGUAGAAAAAUAUCAAUGAUUACAUAACAUUAUUUCGACAAAUGAAAAAUUAAUAAAAUUCACCUAUUGUUUUUAAAAUUUGCAUAUUAGCAAAUUUGGUGAGUGCCAGACCUAUCCCUUAAUGUGGAUAUAACAGCUGUUGAAACAUCUUCCUCUAAGGAAGGAAAUGUUUUAUUUAACGAUACACUCAACACAUUGUAUUUACGGUUAUAUGGCGUCAGUGUUCCUUAAAGGAAGGAAAUGUUUUAUUUAACGAUACACUCAACACAUUGUAUUUACGGUUAUAUGGCGUCAGUGUUCCUUAAAGGAAGGAAAUGUUUUAUUUAACGAUACACUCAACACAUUGUAUUUACGGUUAUAUGGCGUCAGUGUUCCUUAAAGGAAGGUACCAGUAACUGCUGCCAAAAUGUCAGAUAUUAAUUGUAGUGUAAGAGUGAUCAUGAUUUGUUUUCAACUAAAUUUCAUUGGGGUGGGUUGAAUGGCACUUAACAAAUAAUUACACUGGCAUGUAUACUAAAUACACCAUAUCUCGUCUGUUGAAUGUUGUACUUGUUUGAUGGUUCAGAAAUGGAUACAGGACUCAUUUUUUUAAUUAUUAAAUCCUAUCAUUGACAGUUAUAUGGCUUCAUAAUAAGGCAACUGGUCAUUUUGGUGAAUUGUUUUUAAUUAAAACAAAGUGUAUAUUAUUUACAACAUUAGGCAUUGAUAUAAGUCGACAACAGUCAAUCAGGUUGCUACUAAAAUGUAUUAUACAAAAACCACACCACCUAAAUUUGGAUCAUUUGUAUGUUAUUUAAAUACAUGUAUAAACUGCACAUACAUAUACAAGAAUCAGUACAAAAACAGGGAUGUGAAUGAAUAAAAAACUAACUAUAGUCCUUUCCACAGGGAAUGCCUUUUUUCAUACUAUGAAAUUUACUAAAUAUUUAUUUCUGAACCGAUUAUUUUCUAAAUUGCACACAAAAGUAGUUUUUGUGGAUUUUUUGCAAACUGAAAUUAUUUACAAAAAAAACAAAAACAUUUUUGUAUGAAGAUGGGGCAGACUAUAAAGUGUUUGCAAAGGGAUUUUGUACAGGAAUUGUGAACUUGAUAAAUGUGUCGUGAACUAUACAUUACGGUUUACCAAGCCUGUAAGGCUCAGAAUUCAUUUUAUGGAAUGGGAAGUAAUCUGUGCCAACAAUAUUUUAACCUAGAAGAAAAUGCUAAAAAUUAAGUACUUCUUGUACAGGGCCCCGUUCCAUGAAGCGAUCUUAGCACUAAGAUUACCUUAGACCCAUAGCUACCCUAUGCACUAAGUUGAUCUUGGGACUAAGAUCGCUUCGUGGAACAGGGCCCUGGUAUGUAAAUUGAAAGAACUAAUCUCUUUUUAAAUUAUUGGGUUGUUUGGAGGGGGUUAUAGGUUUUUUAUAUCAUAUAUAUAAUACUGGUAAAAGUAAAGUUUGUUUUAUUUAACGACGACGCUAGAGCACAUUAAUUUUUUAUCUUAUCAUCGGCUAUUGGAUGUCAAACAUAUGGUCAUUCUGACAC